AUGGCGUCCCAAACAAGCACUUUUGCUUCCGGCUCGGCCCCUACUGAAGGUACUUUUGUAGUAAAAGCAGGCCUUGCCAAGAUGCUGAAGGGUGGCGUUAUUAUGGACGUGACGAACGUCGAGCAAGCACGGAUUGCCGAGGAAGCAGGCGCCGUGGCUGUCAUGGCACUUGAGCGUAUUCCUGCCGAUAUUCGUGUGGACGGUGGUGUGGCUCGUAUGAGCGACCCGGACAUGAUUGAAGCUAUUAAGAAGGCUGUGACGAUUCCUGUGAUGGCUAAGGUCCGUAUUGGUCACUUUGUAGAGGCCCAGAUCCUUGAGGCUAUUGAGAUCGACUACAUUGAUGAGAGUGAAGUGUUGACUAUGGCCGAUGAGGAGAAUCAUAUUAACAAGCACAAUUAUAAGGUGCCGUUCGUGUGCGGCUGUCGCAAUCUGGGUGAGGCUCUGCGUCGCAUUGCUGAAGGCGCUGCCAUGCUGCGCACCAAGGGUGAGGCCGGCACUGGCAACAUUGUUGAGGCUGUGCGCCACGCUCGCUCGGUGGGCCGUGAGAUCCGCCGUCUGAAGUCCAUGGACGAAAAUGAGCUGUUUGUCGCUGCCAAGGAGAUGCAGGCCCCGUACGAGCUUGUAAAGCAGGUUGCUGUCACGGGCAAGCUGCCUGUUGUGAACUUUGCUGCUGGUGGUGUUGCCACCCCUGCUGACGCUGCUCUCAUGAUGCAGCUUGGCAUGGAUGGUGUGUUUGUCGGCUCAGGCAUUUUCAAGAGCGGCGACCCGGCUAAGCGUGCCCGCGCUAUGGUGCAGGCCGUGACCCACUUUCAAGACCCGAAGAUCUUGAAGGAGAUUUCAACUAACCUGGGUGAAGCUAUGGUCGGUGUACAGGACUUGAAGGCUGCGACCGUCAACUUCCGUGACCGUGAGGGUGGGCUCCACGGCGCCUGGUAA